UCUCAGGAGCGAUGCCAGUCAGAUGUAACCGCUAACUGACUGUGCUCGGCAACGGAUAUGUCAGAGAGUGGUUUCGGUUUUCUUCUAAAAGUAAAGAAACGCGGAGAUAGUAGAUAAAUGACACUGGAAUAGCUGCAAGACACCCGGAGAUGUUUCACCGAACAACAGCAGCAAUGUAUUUCAUCUCCGUCUAGGAGGCCGUCUCUUCCCUCCUGGAAUGAAAAUGGCAAAACCCGUCAAAGGGAAGUUCCUUUUCCUCCUCCUCCUGAUUGUAUGUGCCAUUCUUUCCUACUUAUACAAGAUUUCGCCCAACAUUGAUCAGAAGACUGUAGCUUCAGGGCUUUGUCCAUCAUCCGUCUCUAAGCACAGCAUCACCCCUCUGAAAAACACUAAGCACUUAUUGGUCUCAGCCUACAUGGAUCAGAGGGUGCCCGGCUUUGAUGUACGGAUCAUUGGGAUGUUUCGGAGAGACUCUAUACAGAGCCUGCACUGCUGUUUGUGCUGCUCUGGGGCCCUGGUUGAAACUACUCCUGCAAAUGUUUUACAACACCCAGACAACUUUGGGUUUCCAUUUGUUACCACGGAUGUCAUGUGCCAGAUCCCUCAAAACUGCAAUUCCACACAUGUCACUCUUCUGACUCAGCCCAGAUCUGAGAAUGCAUCCGAUUACGCUUGGCUUCCUGUAAGAAACAGGAAAACCAAGAGAGAGGAUCAAAUGAUGGACUUCACUGUCUGCAUCUCCAAUCUGUUUGGGGACUACAACAACGUGCUCCAGUUUGCACAGACCCUAGAGAUGUACAGGCUGAUUGGAGUGAAUCGAGUGGUGAUCUAUAACACCAGCUGUGGUCCAGAACUUGACCGUCUUCUGCAUCAUUACGUGCAGGAGGGCUUUUUAGAAGUAGUUCCCUGGCCAAUCGACAAGCACAUGAACCCGUCCCGAGGCUGGCUCUUUUCAGAACACGGUGGUGAUAUUCACUACUUUGGCCAGCUCACCACGCUCAAUGAGUGUAUUUACAGAUCCAUGGAGCGCUCCCGCUACGUCCUGCUAAAUGAUAUAGAUGAGAUCAUCAUGCCGUAUCAGGAGGAUAACCUGAAGCCUCUAAUGGAGAGGCUGCAAACUCAGCAUAAGGAUGUGGGAGUGUUCCUCAUUGAAAACCACAUCUUUCCUAAAAAGCACUUUGAACCGAGCGGGAAGUUUCACCUUGCUCGGUGGAACGGGGUGCCAGGAAUUAAUAUUCUGGAGCACGUUUACAGAGAAACCCCCGACCGAACGAUUUACCAUCCGUACAAGAUGAUCGUUCGGCCAAGGAUGGUGGAGCAGACAUCGGUGCAUUCGGUGCUCAGGUUUUUUGGACAGCAGUACAGCGUUCCACCAGACAUUUGCCGGAUCGUUCACGUCCGUGUAGCCCUGAGAAAAUCCCUGAAACUUGAGGAGCUCAAUGUGGACAAACGGUUGUGGGACUUUGAAGAAAAACUCAUUCCCAAGGUGGACCAGGUGCUGAAGAAGUUGGGUUGGCUGUCUGGUAAAGAAAAAUGAGUUUCUUGUUGUGGUGGGAAGGGAAAACCUGUCAACUAUGACUUUGUUUUUCAGGUUAAAGCUGUGACUGUGUCCCCUUAGCAGGUGCAUGU